AUGGCGCCGAGUGCGCUCAAGUCCCGGCAGGCGAACGGGUCGCGUUUCGUGUUUGUGCGGAAGCAAAGAAGGAGUCAGAUUCGUAGCGUCAUGAGGUCCACGCGGUGGUCGCUCACGUCGGCGAUGGCGCUCGCUGCCCUCCUCGUCGUCCUGGUGGCCGUGGCGUCAGCAGCCCCAGCGGAUCGCGUGCAGCGCUCACCUAAGAGGAGGCCCGGGUUCGGCUACGGCGGCCUCGGCGGCUACGGCGGCAACGGCGGCUACGGCGGCAACGGUGGCUACGGAGGCUACCCGGGCGGAGGCUUCCACGGCGGCUACGGAGGCAGCCAGGCGCAGGCUCAGGCGCAGGCUCAGAGCGGAGGCUACGGCGGCAGCCAGGCACAAGCCCAGGCCCAGUCCCAGAGCUUCGGUGGACCCGGAGGCUUUGGCUUCUUCCGCCGCCGCCGAAGCGCCGAAGAAGCCAUUAACACACCGGUCGAUGCUGCUGCCGCCGCCGCCAGCGAAGCUCCGGCGAUCGCUGCGCCAUCCGCUGAAGCAACAGGUAACACCCCGGUGACCACCGAGAAGGUAAUCGUCGUGUCAGCAGCUGCAUCGACCUUCCCCACCGCCGCCGUCACAUCCUCCGAGGCUGUAUUCGUCGUGACGCCCGAAGCAACGACGGCGAGCUCCGCCCCGGGCGCGGUCAACGCCUCGCCGUCUAGCGAGACGGCCGCCCCCAAGGACGCCCCCACCCCCGUGCCGAUCGAGGCCACCUCGGCCGCCCCUGCCGAGGCCGAGGUCCCUGCCACCGCUCAGACUGAAGCGCCCGCCGUCGCCUCCAGCGAAGCACCUGCGGCCACGUCCAGCGAAGCACCCGCAGUCACCUCCAGUGCUGCCCCCUCAGUAGCCCCGGCAAGGAGGCGACGUGCUGACGAGCCAACUUCUUCCACGGCAUCUACCAAGGCCGGAGAGUCGACGCCUGAGACGCCCGCCGUGGUCACAUCUGCGACGUCCACAGAGUCUGCUACCCCAUCGUCCACCGAGGCGGCAACCCCAUCGUCCACCGAGGCUGCUACCCCGUCGUCCACCGAGGCUGCUACCCCGUCGUCUACCGAGGCUGCUACCCCGUCGUCUACCGAGGCUGCUACCCCGUCGUCCACAGAGGCUGCUUCCCCGUCGUCCACAGAGGCCGCAGCCCCGUCGUCCACGGAGGCGUCCUCGCCCUCAACAACUGCGGCAGCACGUCGACGACGGUCCGAUGAAGCUCCCACAACCACCUCCGCGGCACCCCCACCAAAAGAGGUCGCGACACCAGAGUCGGUGCCCGUGCCCGCCGUCCCCAGCGAAACACCGGCCUCCAGCACAGAGGCACAGGCAGCAGUAACCUCCCCGUCAACAACGACAGCGUCGGCCUCGUCGACCACAGUCUCCGACGCGUCUAGCGCAGCGACGAGCAGUGAUGUGACGACGGCAGCCCCUGCCGCCCCUGCCUCAAGGAGACGUCGUGCGGACGCCCCCACCCCGACCAGCUCCGCAGCGCCGACCUCCACCGAGGCCACCCCGACUACGACUGCUGCCGCCAGCAGCUCCAGCACCGCCCCCUCCGCCACAGAAGCCGCCACCGCCGCGACUUCAACUGCUACCGCCGCCACAACCGCGGCGCCGGCUGCCGACGGCGACGCCAGCCCCAAGCCGACGGACGCGACCCCCGAGACGCCCGCCGAGCCGAGCGGGGCGCCGAGCGGCGCCAACGACACCCGAGGCAAGCGCUCCCCCGUCCUGGGGCUGUUCGGCCACAAGCAUGGCAGGCCUGGAGGCUUCGGAGGUGGCUACUACCCAGGGGGUGGCUAUGGGGGAUACGGAGGUGGUGCGUCCCAGGCGCAGGCCCAAGCCCAAGCGGGCCACGGAGGCGCGGGCGCGCAGAGCCAAUCCCAGACCCAGACCCUCGCCCUGGGACCCUUCUCCAUCUCCCAGACCCAAAGCCAGUCCCAGGCCGGAGCCGGCGGCCACGGCCGGGGAGGCCCACUCUACGACGACUACAGCUUCUACUAGUACGUGAGGAUUCCAAAGCAAAGCGCCAAGCGAAUUAUGCGGGACGCGAGGAUCUCAACAAAAGAACGUUACGUAACGAUCGGUAAAAGACGAUGUAGGUAGGGGAGUUAAAUUUUCUGUGAUGUAGCUCUUAUUUAUUUAUUAAUUUUUAAUGUUUGGCGAGAUUUCGAAAUACCUUGAAAGACGCCACCACUGUACAUGGAGUAGUACUUAUUUAUUCCCAAUAAAUUAAAGUUGCCGCAA